CUUUAAAGGGAGAUGAUUUCUAUACCUGCCAAAUGAUAAAUAGCAAUUUUAUUUCAAUGUUGCGCAGUAGGGGGCAGUGUGUUUCUGACGAACACAUCUCUUGAUAGAAUUAUCUUUUUCUUACCUGUUCUAAUUUGUGAAUGCUAGUUUUCAUUAAAUACCAGUGGACUUGUGUCCAUACAUACAUGAUGAACUCAGGUUUAGAUCUCUUUGAUAAACCACAGGCCUUGGUUGUCAGUGAUGUCUGACUUGGUCAUUUUUUACUGUCUACAGACCUUCCCACCCCCCCCCCCCCCAGUUGGAUUGGACAAAAUCCAACGGAAGUAAUAAAGCUUUAAAGGGAGAUAAUGUCUAUACCUGCAAAAUGAUAAAUAGAAAUUUUAUUUCAAUGUUGCGCAGUAGGGGGCAUUGUGUUUCUGACAAACACAUCUCUUGUUGGGUCACUAGGUCAAAGGUCAACCUCUAAAAAAAAUCUGACAAGCAUUCGCAGCCGAGCGUGGCACCGGUUAUGCGGUGCUCUUGUUUAUUGGUUGACGUUAUUAUACAAAAUAUUUAAGAAUAUUUCGUAGAUUUUGAGUUUUUCUUUGGCUUUAAUAUAUUUGUUAUAUUAUAAUACCAGACUACAGCACAUGGAAUGUAAAACCUCUUGAAUCAUGUGUCAAUCAGCGGUAUGUAGGUGGAAUAAAUCAUCUUCUGUGAUAGGUUUGGUUGUGAGAGGUCUGGUUGUGAUAGGUCUGGUUGUGAGAGGUCUGGUUGUGAUAGGUCUGGUUGUGAGAGGUCUGGUUGUGAGAGGUCUGGUUGUGAGAGGUCUGGUUGUGAGAGGUCUGGUUGUGAUAGGUUUGGUUGUGAGAGGUCUGGUUGUGAGAGGUCUGGUUGUGAUAGGUUUGGUGGUGAGAGGUCUGGUUGUGAGAGGUCUGGUUGUGAGAGGUCUGGUUGUGAGAGGUCUGGUUGUGAUAGGUUUGGUUGUGAGAGGUUUGGUUGUGAGAGGUCUGGUUGUGAUAGGUUUGGUUGUGAGAGAUCUGGUUGUGAUAGGUCUGGUUGUGAGAGGUCUGGUUGUGAUAGGUUUGGUGGUGAGAGGUCUGGUUGUGAGAGGUCUGGUUGUAAGAGGUCUGGUUGUGAGAGGUCUGGUUGUGAUAGGUUUGGUUGUGAGAGGUCUGGUUGUGAGAGGUUUGGUUGUGAGAGGUCUGGUUGUGAUAGGUUUGUUUGUGAGAAUUGGACCGUCUGUCAGACAACUGUUUGAAGAUAAAAUCCUUUAUGCAAAUGAAUUCAAGAAAGGAAAAUCAUUGUAGUUGGUUCGCUGUUUUUUUUGCAAGUUUUCCUUUCUAUUUGUAGUUAAAAACAUGUUUAAAAUAUGUCGCAAAGUUGAAACAGUUUGACAUUUUGUCACUUGUGGUUACAUUGAAGUUGCUUUUAUUACAUGCCCUCUUAAAAACAGUUAUGGGUUAUGCAAAUUCUUCUGCACAGUCUGUAUGGUGGGUGUUAAUAAUAAUAAUCUUUAUAAUGUUGAAACUUAAGCUAAAAUAUUGUAACACAUUCAGCAAAAACAUUUUCAUAUUCAUGUGUUUAACGUAAACUGUAAGUAUGAAACAGAUUUUGUUUUUAUUCAGAAUGUUUAUAUGUUCAUGUAUAUAGUUGAAUCAUGUACAUGUAUUUGUUUACAUAUUUAUUUUUUGUUACUUGAUGUGAACAACACAAAAAUAUAUAUUUGCUUUAAGAGAUCAUAAAUAUUUUAAAAUGCAGGAGUUUUAACAUGUUAAUGUCCAUUCGAUUUUUAUGCCCCCCUUCGAAGAAGAGGGGGUAUAUUGUUUUGCACAGGUCGGUCCGUCGGUCCACCAGAUGGUUUCAUGAAACUUCAUAGGUACAUUGAUCAUGACUGGCAGAUGACCUCUAUUGAUUUUCAGGUCACUAGGUCAAAGGUCAAGCUCACAGGGACUCGAAACAAUAAAACGGUUUCCGGAUGAUAACUCAAAAACGCUUAUGCCUAGGAUCAUGAAACUAUUUAGGUACAUUGAUCAUGACUCGCAGAUGACCCCUAUUGAUUUUUCAGGUCACUAGGUCAAAGGUCAAGAUCACAGUGACUCGACACAGAAAAAUGGUUUCCGGAUGAUAACUCAAGAACGCUUACGCCUAGGAUCAUGAAACUUCAUAGGAACAUUGAUCAUGACUCGCAGAUGACCCCUAUUGAUUUUCAGGUCACUAGGUCAAAGGUCAAGGUCAUGGUGACUCGACACAGUAAAAUGGUUUCCGGAUGAUAACUCAAGAACGCUUAAACCUAGGAUCAUGAAACUUCAUAGGUACCUUGAUCAUGACUGGCAGAUGACCCCAUAUUGAUUUUCAGGUCACUAGGUCAAAGGUCAAGGUCACAGUGACUCAAAACAGUAAAAUGGUUUCCAAAUGAUAACUUUGAAGUGCUUUGGCGGAUUUCAUUCAAACUUGGUAUGAGUAUAUAUAUGGAUAAGAAGAUGAUGCACGCCAAAUGGCAUUGUACACCAUCUGUGAAUAAGGGAGUUAUGGCCCUUUGUAUCUUGAAAAAAUGCUUUUUUGUGUCCGGAGCCAUAUCUUAGAAAUGCUUUGGCGGAUUUCAUUCAAAAAUAAUUAGGCCUAGGAUCAUGAAACUUCACAGGUACAUUGAUCAUGACUGGCAGAUGACCCCUAUUGAUUUUAAGGUCACUAGGUCAAAGGUCAAGGUCACAGUGACACAAAACGUAUUAACACAAUGGCUGCCACUACAACUGACAGCACAUAUGGGGGGCAUGCAUGUUUUACAAACAGCCCUUGUUCAGCUUAAUUUUAUUACUGUUUUGCUUCUUAGUUUAAACCUGUUUUUUAGCUCAAUUGCAUAGAAAGCCUAAGGCUUACUUAAAACGCUCUCAAGUCUGUUUCAUGGGACUAGAACCAGUACUUGUUGUCUAAAGAUCUAAAGAACGCUCCCUCAGUGGGGGUGGAACCGAUGACCUCCCAAUCAUUAGGCUGACACCAUAUCUACUAAGCCAAGUAAGUCGCUCCCACAGUGGGGGUCGAACACUUGACCUCCUGAUAGCUAGGCGGACACCAUAUAAUCUAUGCCAAGGAAGUCGCUCCCACAGUGGGGAUCGAACACGUGACCUCCUGAUAGCUAGGCUGACACCAUAUACACUAUGCCAAGGAAGUUGCUCCCACAGUGGGGGUAGAACCCAUGACCUCCUGAUAGCUAGGCGGACACCAUAUACACUAUGCCAAGGAAGUCUAGUUAAAGAUGACAUUGUGUUGUAUUAAACUGACACGUAUUUUAUGAAUAUAUACUUUCUUUUUUUUUGUAACAGAUGGUUUUAAUGCUAUUGAUGUAUGCAUUGUGUAUUUUUUUUGCUUCAGACAAAAGUGUUUUUUGUAUGAUAAGGGAUUUAGUAAUAUUUGUCAAUAUUGAAAAAUUAAAUUUGUGAUCAUUGUAAAACAGGAAUAAUUUCAUAUGUCAUUAAACAAGAGCUGUUAUAAACAUCUGAAAUGGAUCUGUAAAUAAUAGUUGGCAAAAAACAUUAAAAAUUAUGUGGGUUCCAUGCUAUUAUAUAUCUUUUUGUAUUUAUAUAUGACACAGGAUUAUGUUGUAAGUGUACACACUGUUUACUAAUUGCUUCGCUGCUGUGCUUUUGCUGAGUUAUUGUGAUCACCCAUGUCUGUCAAUUGUCUAGCAGUAUGCAUCAUCAAUUUUAACUUGGUUACCACUCUAGAGGCCUCAUUUUCAUUAAAUCUCGAUAAAAAUUAGUCAGAAUGUUUAUCUGAACAAUAUCUAGGCUGACUUAGAAUCUGGGUCUUGUGCAUUCCAAAACUAGGUCAUCAGGUCAAAUGAUGGAGAACCCUUAUUACCACUCUAGAAGCCACAUUUAUCACUCAAUCUUGAUGAAACUAGAUCAGAAUGUUUUUUAAAUAAAAUGGCUAGGUCAAGAUCAAAUCUCAGCCACAGGCAUUCCAGUCACCCGGGUCUAAUCUAAUCUAAGAUUGCGUGUUACCACUCAAGAGGCCACAUUUAUGACUCAAUCGUAAUGGAGCUUGGUCACAGUUAAUGAUUAGCUUGAUAAUAUCUUAUCCAAGUUUGUAUCUGGGUCAUGUGCAUUCACAAACUAGAUUACCGGGUCAAAUCUUAAUCAAACGCACAUUACCACUCUAGUUAAAAGAUUUAUGACUCAAUCUUGAAUAAACUUUGUCAACAAAAGACUCUUGAUAAUAUAAGGGUUGAGUUUGAAUAUGGUGUACAUACUUUUAAAAUAAGAUCACAAGGUCAAAUGUCAACAACACCUUGUUAAAACUCUAGAAAAAAAGCCUCAAUCUUGAUGACAGUUUAUAAGAA